CCUCGACCAUCGCUGAAUCCGCCAAGCACCGAGCGACCGACGAACGGCCAAAUUCACUUUUGUGUCGUUCACAGAAGGAUUCAGUUGUCUGUCGACCUUCGUUAACUCGAACGGGGACAGAAGACGCAGCGCCCUGCACGCGUGCCGAUUUACCGGUCAGGGUGCUGUUGUGCCUUUGGUUCUCAAACCAUCGACACAGCCGGGAGGACACCCAUCACUUAGCGGUCGGAAUUGUUUGAUCUCGGUCGGUUCCCGCUAGUGUUUCGACGUUCCUUUUCUUAUCUCUUCUAAUCAUUGACUCCUUCAUCCCGUCGUGCUCGCGACCGUACAUCGAGCCUCUCAGCUCUACCUGGAUAAGGCUUUGGUUACUGCAAGCCAACAGAGAGCCGGCGACUCCCUUUUUGUCUGGCCCGGGCAUUCUCGACGGUCAUUCGAGUCGCUCCAUCCCGACACGAAAUUCUCUCAGUGUAGACGACGGAACCUACACUCUAUGGCUCAACGGCUAUACUAGAUCUCGACCCUCCCACACAUCGAGAUCCUUCAACUCUUCGGCUCUGGAGGUUCCGGCACGGCGUGGCCUAACCCCCCACCCAGUUUGCCCUUCUCCAGCUGCUUGAAGCAGUUCGAUCUUCUCACCGCUUUCUCAACUUUUUUUUCCGACUCGACUCAUCCAGAGCCAAAAUGCCUGGUGGCGUUUGUGCCGUGCUCGACUAUGAAGUCGAGCUCAUGGCCGACUACGUCUCUGAGAUGGCGACGCGUAUCGUCAUGCCCCAGCGGCAGGUCAACCCGGCGUUCCGCAAGUUCGUCUCGCAAAUCUUGACUUCGACGCGGCUACCGAGCACUACAAUCCUCCUGGGCAUGAAUUACCUGGCCAAGCGCAUCAACAUGAUGCACGCUGCAGGGCAGACCAACCACACCGAAGGUCAGAUCUGGCGUAUGCUCACCAUCUCGUUGCUUCUGGGGAGCAAGUUUCUGGACGACAACACGUUCCAGAACAAGUCUUGGUCAGAGGUGAGCGGAAUUCCGGUACAGGAGCUCAACACUCUGGAAUACGAGUGGCUAGGCGCCAUCCACUGGUGUCUCUAUGUCAACCUGGACGGGAGCAAAGAUUACCAGGCUUGGCUGUCGAACUGGAAGGAGUGGCAAGAGACCAAGAAGAGGCAGCAGCAAGCCAGCCGCGAUCGCAUGCUCGGUCUUGCAUCGCCUGUCGAGCCGGAUCUGUCACGGACCCGUGCCCAGCAGCUCUACUCCGCUUGGCACCAGCAGCAGGUGGCCGAGUAUGAACGCCUGUCCAGCGCGAAGCGCAACCAGGUGCCGCCUACGGCCGCGUACCGGCAUGACCCAUCUGCGUGGGCAUAUUCUUUCGCUCCCUGGUCCCAAGCGGCUCCGCUUACGCCUCCUGACUCGGGAUAUGGCACUCCCGAGUACGCCAAUUCGACCGCCCUUGUCAAUUCGAGCUACGCUGAGUGGUUUGAUGGCGCGCUAUUGGGCAGCAACGUCGCGUCGAGACACUACCCGCAGCCCCCGCCCUACAGCGGUUUCCGUCAUGGCAAUCAUGCAUCGCGGAACCCCUUGAGCUAUGGUGGCUACUAUGGCUACGGUCACAACAUCUGGGAGCACCCGGGCGUUGCGGACUGCAACUGUGGCAGCUGCGGUGGUAUGCAUCACAAGACCGUCGGCUACUUUGGCGCCCACGCGUACGGGCAGGCUGUGGUCGGCUGAUGCUGACGCCCGGCUGCUGCGCCAUUGAGUUGGUCAAUUCGUCGGCGCGUUUCGGCGUUCUCGUCACUCAAUUCGAUUAGACGCUUAUCUUGGGCGCAAUGCUGCUCUUCCGUUGCAUCGUCUUACGAGACGCGGGUUUCAUUCCAGGCUCAUCGGACAUUCGAUACGUUUGCAUUCAGAUACCCCGAGCGACUGUCCGGACGCGAUAGGCCUUACGCCGCUGGUGAUCCGUAUGAUCCACGGCCUUGCUUUUAUUCAACUUGCCACGUCGCCUUCUCCUAUGUGUACGGCUGGACGCUGGCUCACAUUCGGCAAGGCGCGGCAUCCCAGCAGCCUUGCGCGUCCUAUUUCACUUUUUCGGUCCGCAGCCCGUCGUCCUCGACUAAUGAAACUCUUUUUCUCGGUAUACCGGUUCAUUUCAUAACAUAAAUCGGCGUUUUUCUCGGCUUUGAAUACCAUCGUGCUUUCGCUUCGGGCUUCAUCAUAGAUUUGGCGAACCGGCUUCUUUCUCGGCAUUCUCGAAGUUUCAUCUUCCCCAUUUUUUUCGAGGUUCAAGCUGAGUGGACCAAGUCGAUCCAGAGGGUCAUGGCUGUCAGUGGCAGGUCAUCGAGCUUCCAGACUCGUGGCUGUCAUGUGUGCUACGGCCCCGCGUUCUCCCACUUCACUCGUUCUUUUCCAAAAUCAGAUAUCAUUCAUGAUGGUCACUCAGCAGAACGCGGGCGCGCUACUUGGACAACGGCAUAACGGACACGGUUCCAGCAUAUCAAAUCUGAUGUCCGUUAUUGCAUUGUGACGUGCUCACCCGACUUGGCGCCCAUUACAAUCCCAUCAUUUUCCGCCUUGUUCUGAUCAAAAAAGUUUGCUGGUUUCAUGAGUACAUAUCUGGUGCUAUCUCAAGGGUAUCAGUCGGUUUGUGCGGGAUUGGGUUACGAGGGGUGAAAAGUUGGACUUUCAAUAGCCUCAUUUGGCUCUUCUCCUACUUCUUGGGGCUGUGCUAUGGAGGUAUCAUGCUUCAUUGCUUCAUUGUUCUUCUAAUUGCUUCUGCUUUCUUAUACCAGCUGAGGCUCGCUCAGUGACUUUGGCUCCUCGGGAUGCUAGUGGCUUCCGGCAGAGGAAGAGGAUCCAAUCACUGGCAUGUUAGCGGCGCAGUUGGCUUCUUCUUUUUUCUCUUUUCCCUUUUCUUGUUCUUUUCCUGAACGUGGCUAGAAAAGGGUUUGGAAUCGGUGUUGCGCGUAUUCCAAAUUAGAGGGAGUUGUGUGAGGGGAGCUCAGGGAGGAUUGAGCAGAAGACAGCUGUUUCUUCUUGUCGCUGUUCAAGGUUUUCGGAGGCUACUGCCGAGAGGCAUGGACCUUCCUUUGUUUUGUUACCAUUACCUGGGAUCACGACUUGACGAAUUUGGGGUUGAAGGAUCAGAAGAUGGGAUGACUCGAGAUUGGGAUGUUAGGGAAAGGUUUACUUGAUCGAAGCGCUGGGGUUGGGGUGUUUCAGGAGUGAAGAAGAGGAGACACAGGAGCUUUUAGCCAGGCGAUGGCAGACGUUUGUCGCGAUACUCGGACUUGAAGCUGAGUGUCGGGGCAUGCGUCCAUGUCAAUGACAGCCUGCCAGCGCAGGACUUUUCCUGGUCUGGAUCGUUGGACUAGACCGGCCUUGAUAUAACGAGACAAUAAAAAACCGAUUCAAGCGCUUUUGCCGAGGCGU